UGGAUUGACGUGCGAGGGAGCCUAUGGGAGGGCGAGAUCUCCGCUGCGUUGGCCUGAGAGUGCAGUAGCCGAGCGCGGUCGCCUCAGAGAAGGAGAAGGAAGAAGGAAGCAAGCAGGAUCCCAGCAUCUUUUGACGCAAGAUUACUCACCAAGAAUGGAGACCCUGCUGUGAGAAGGAUUGUUCUCCGUUGCUUUUUGCCUGCCUUUGGAAAGACGCAGCUGUGCUAAUUUUUCCAAAACCGUCUCUGAAAGUUUGACAUCUUGUGCACCUUUCCAUCUGCCUGUGUGGUUAAUAUGCAGAUUGCACUUCUUCACUAAUGAGAGGGAGAAUGGGAACCCAGGGUAGCCCUGUGAAGAGCUAUGAUUAUCUGCUCAAGUUUUUGUUGGUGGGAGACAGCGAUGUGGGCAAAGGAGAAAUCCUGGAAAGCCUUCAGGAUGGAGCGUCCGAAUCGCCAUAUGCCUAUAGCAAUGGAAUCGACUAUAAGACCACAACUAUCCUGUUAGAUGGCAGAAGGGUCAAACUGGAGCUGUGGGAUACAUCAGGCCAAGGGAGGUUUUGUACCAUUUUUCGAUCUUAUUCCAGAGGUGCCCAGGGAAUCCUCCUGGUAUAUGACAUCACCAACCGCUGGUCCUUUGACGGAAUUGACCGAUGGAUCAAAGAAAUAGAUGAGCAUGCUCCUGGUGUGCCCCGCAUCUUGGUUGGAAACCGGCUUCACCUGGCCUUUAAGAGGCAGGUGCCAACAGAGCAGGCCCGGUCCUACGCUGAGAAAAACUGCAUGACGUUCUUUGAGGUCAGCCCCUUGUGCAACUUCAAUGUGAUCGAGUCCUUCACAGAGCUGUCCCGCAUCGUGCUUAUGAGGCAUGGCAUGGAGAAGAUCUGGAGGCCCAACAGAGUGUUCAGCCUGCAAGACCUCUGCUGCCGCGCCAUCGUCUCCUGCACCCCGGUCCACCUCAUCGACAAGCUGCCCCUCCCGGUCACCAUCAAAAGCCACUUGAAGUCCUUCUCCAUGGCCAACGGGAUGAAUGCGGUGAUGAUGCACGGCCGGUCGUACUCCUUAGCCAGCGGCGGCAGCGGGAGCAGCAGCAAAGGCAACAGCCUCAAGCGCUCCAAGUCCAUCCGCCCGCCCCAGAGCCCCCCGCAGAACUGCUCGCGGAACAACUGCAAGAUCUCUUAGCGGGCGGCGCCGGGGCACGUCUCCUCCAGCCGCACAACCACUGCACCUGGUCACCAAUGUACAGAUGUUGGCAUGCACGUCACCGGCUCCUCUGUCGCUCUGCCUGCCCAAGAUCCCACACGGGCAGAGCAUGUUGCAUACCAAGCCCACCAUCACCAGCGUGCGGUAGGCCUUUCCUGCUCCGAAGAGGUGACGGCAUGGCUGCCUCGGGGGGUAAUGACUCUUCCUCAGCCUCGUUGUCAGGAUGGACGUCGCCGGAGAAGGGACUUUUGUGCUGUAACUUUAACGUUUGGGCUCUGGAAUGGAUUGCCGGUGCUACAGACGACACUCGACUCUUUUCAAACAGGCAAAUCCAGCUGCCUUUAUCCAAGAAAGACUAUGGCUGGCUGGGGAUCCUUUGACAUUUUCCACUUAUUUAUCACGGAAUUAUCUCACUACUUCGGAAAGCACUCCCACAAUGUCCCCUUCCCUGCUUUUUGGGGGGAGAAAUCUUGUAAAUAUAAGAGCGAAUUGAAGUGGGAAGGGAGUUGGCACUGGUCAAAGGGUGAAAUGAUCAAACACUUGUGGAUUGUAUAAGAGAAACAGGGUCGCUCUUGGGGCCUCUCCCCACCCUAAUUCUGAGAAUUUUCUUUGUGAAAAGGAGGAGGAUUUUCUUUUCUUGCCAGGUUCCUUAUAAUAAGUGCAUGGCUUAAAUGGACGGCGAGAGUGAGAUUUGGAAGGACAUUGUGGGUGGGCAAGGGGUCAGGGGGUGGUGGGCACAUCUGGGAUUGGUUAUAACUGCUCUGGAGAUAGAAGCCCUCCGGCAAAAGUCCGGAAAAUGCUGCUCUUUUAUGGCUUGGGCUUUGAGGCACGUAGAGAUUCCUGAACUUUGCCUCUCUUGCAGCAUGCGAUGCUCUUCCGAACAGACACAUUUGCAUGUCUUGGCACUAUCGGGCGGUCUUCAGCAGCUUGCUUUGUAACUCCGAUCUUACCCUACUACUUGGUAGAUCUUCCCGUAGAGAGGCAAAGGAGCAUAGCAAUCCCAGUCAUCUUAGAAAUCCCAUUUGCUUUUCAGUGAUCUGUUUUGUCACCUAGUGUGAAAAGGCCUCCUUAGGUCAGUUGCAGGUGAGAAACACUGGGCUGCUAAACCUAUACAUUGGAUGGUUUCGGGAUAGUUAUAAAUCUAUAUGGUAGUGAGCGGAGCAUCUUAGUGUCCAUCCAUGUCAGUAUCGCAUACCUCCGAUCCUAAAGUUGCAGGAAUGAGAAACACUGGGCCGCUAAACCUAUACAUUAGAUGGCCUCGGGAUAGUUAUAAAUCUAUAUGGUAGUGAGUGGAGCAUCUUAGUGUCCAUCCAUGUCGGUAUCACAUACUCCUGAUCCUAUUGCAGCUUUUUGGGGCAAAGGCCUCUCUGUGCGCUCUUGGCCUCGGGACAGUUAUAAAUCUAUAUGGUAUGGAGCGGAGCAUCUUAGUGUCCAUCCAUGUCAGUAUCGCUCCGAUUCUAGUUGCAGCUUUUUGGGGAAAAGGCCUCUCUGUGCGCUCUUGCUCUCUCUGUUCACCUUGAUUGUAAAGGCUUUGGAAGUUGCCCAAGCUGAUGUUUAUCACAGACUUGGUUGGAAUUCUAUGUUGCAUGUCUGUCUGGGUGGGAAAUGCCUCCCAGUCUGUGUUAAUUUAGAGAGAAAGUGGAAUAGAGGACCAAAGUGUCUUGUGAGUGGCGUUGGAGUGGGCACUUGGAGUCACCCGCCGUCGUCUCCUGGGUUUUCCCUCCACUUAUUCUUGGACCUGAUGAAUGUGUCUCGUCACAACGGUCGCCUGGCUCAGGUGCGGGGCCAGCGCAUUGGAAUGGGUGGCAUGAUGCUGCCGGGCGCUCCCUGCGCAGCUGACCGCCCGUUUUGUUCCGCCGGAGAGAGAGGCCUGGCCGCGUGUGUCUCCUUGACCGCUCCGAGGUGGCUUGGCACACGACGGGUGGCCCUGCCCCUGGCAGGCGCUCAAAGAGGGCGGCGGGGACAGGUCAAGGGCAGGGGAAAGCCUUUCGCGGCAUCUCCUCGGACCGGGAACAAAGCCGGAGCCAAAUCCAGGCCAGGAGCGUGGAGGCUUCGAGAUUUGCGGGGCAUGCCUGCACCGCCGUGGCCACCUGUUCCCACUUUCUCAAAAUGGAGUGGGAGACAAUCACUGACUCAACGGGCUGGCAUUCUGGGGAUGUGCCGGGAACAGGUGAUCUCGCAGCCAUCUUUCCACCCUGGUUUUAAAAUAGCCCCUUUCCAAAACAGCUAUAGAAUGUGCAUUGUGUUUUUCUGAAGAGGAGCAGCCCCCUCCCUCCCUGCUGCUUGUCGGGCGGUAAAUCUUCCCUGUUGUUUCUCCUGCACCUGAUGCGGUGGUGUCCUAGCUUGGAGGAUGCUGCCGACCAUUCCAGUUCUCCGAAUUAAUAUUUUCAAUCUCACUUCAAUGUCUGUCUUGAAUCGUAGCGGAACGAGUUCCCUUCGAUUGUUUGCCGCUGAACUUGUACCCGACUCGAUCAAUGUUGGACUCAAAAGAAUGUGAUAUCAAAACACUAAAAAAAGUAGCUGCUGUCAAACACUCGUACCAUUCCUGUUUGUAAUCCCUCUGUACAGUCGGCGUCAUCCAAACGGAUGGUUUUUAUAUAAAUUAAAAGAGAGCCUUGUUUUAAAAACCUC